CUCGCACGUCCCCAAAAAAGACAACCGAAAAAGCCUGUAACCACUCCUCCUCGCUCUCUCCGCCUCUCCCUCACAUCUCUCUCUCUCCUCUCUUUCUCUCUCUAAACUUCUCGUUUCAAAAUCAAACACCAGAACCAGAUCUCAAACCUCACACGCAGAGGUCCAACCAUGGCGGUAGCACCUACAGCACGCGAAGAGAACGUGUACAUGGCGAAGCUGGCCGAGCAGGCCGAGCGGUACGAAGAGAUGGUUGAGUUCAUGGAGAAGGUGUCGGCGGCGGCGGACUCGGAGGAGCUCACGGUGGAGGAGCGCAACCUCCUCUCCGUGGCCUACAAGAACGUGAUCGGCGCACGACGAGCCUCCUGGCGGAUCAUCUCCUCGAUCGAGCAGAAGGAGGAGAGCCGUGGCAACGAGGACCAUGUCUCCAUGAUCGGAAACUACAGAUCCAAGAUCGAGUCCGAGCUCUCCUCGAUCUGCGACGGUAUUCUCAAGCUGCUUGACACGAGGCUCAUCCCUUCGGCUUCCUCCGGGGACUCCAAAGUCUUUUACCUGAAGAUGAAGGGCGAUUAUCAUCGUUAUCUCGCUGAGUUCAAGACCGGUUCGGAGCGCAAGGAGGCUGCUGAGAGCACGCUCAAUGCAUACAAAGGGGCUCAGGAUAUUGCAAAUGCGGAGCUUGCUCCAACACAUCCAAUCCGGCUUGGACUUGCCCUUAACUUUUCUGUGUUUUACUAUGAGAUUUUGAACUCCCCUGAUCGUGCUUGCAAUCUUGCAAAACAGGCUUUUGACGAAGCCAUUGCUGAGUUGGAUACCUUAGGGGAGGAAUCUUACAAGGAUAGCACUUUGAUUAUGCAACUUCUUCGGGACAACCUCACUCUGUGGACUUCAGACAUGCAGGAUGAUGGAGCAGACGAGAUUAAAGAAGCUCCCAAGAAAGACGAUGAACAACAGCAGUGAGGACACCUCACCCUUGAAUUUAAGUUUCACUUCUCCUCUGGUGGUUUUUGUUAGGAGAAGGGGCUUGAUUUUUAUAUACUGCUAUUCUGAGAUUUUUUUAGGGUUCUUGUCUUCAUUUCCUGAACAUUGGAAGCACUGAAUAUUAAUGCUAUGCCCUCUAGUGUUUGAUUUAA